GGUUCUUCAUUUCUUCCUGCUCAACUGUGGAGAAGAGCGUGGACGUCGGCGCCGACGUCCAGCCCGUACGGCGCGGAUUCACGCGCUGACGCGCUUCCCUUCGUUAGAGGCAUCGACGCGCCUCUUGGAUUCUCGCGGACAUCGUAGUGCCUCGCCUCCACCGGUGCAUCAGCCCCGAACGAGUGGCCGAUUCAAACGAUUUCGGAAGUCGUCCUUCUGUGUCUGAACCGACUUCGUUCCGUCUACGGGACUCUUGCGACUGUGGUGGGGCAGCCCUUGGACUACGGUUCGUCGUCGGGGAUUGCAUCGUAUGAGUGUUCUGGUCGCUGAACUCACUGGAAUUGCGUUUUAGUGGUUAGCGUUCGGUGACACGAAGCAUCUUGCAACGUAGCUUACGAUGUCGUCCAGCUACGUGUAGAGAGAAGACUGUGGAUGCUAGUGCAGCGACGGGCUAUUUGUGAAGUCAUUCGUCGUUCUACGGAUACUCAUCGCACCAGGACGGAAGGGCUCUCUCGAGUCUACGGAACCUCAUCGUACAGUGCUUCAUCUAGUGAUCGUUCAACAUUUUCAAACUUGGCGUUUUUUUUUCGGGUUCUCGGAGUGUUUCUGACACUGCAUCUGGAAACGACAAGCACAAAGGAGCUCGCGACUUCAGAGUUUGUGGGGCGCCUUCGUCUCCUUCGUGGAUAUAAUGCAUCUUUCGGGAUCCUUCUGGACGCCUUCAUCGAGCCGGAGAAAGAGUUCUAAGACCGCGUGAUCUGAGAGGUCUUAACCCACGUUUACCAGGUGCAUGUCUGCGUCGUCAGGUGUUGCCUAGCUCAUUCUGGUUGUCCUGUGGAAUACUGAUUGCCGUUUCUCUAGGACUACGUGGUCCUGCACUUACUGGUCCUCCCGUUCGAACCGCUGGCUAGAACCGGAAAAGAGUUGCCCAAUGUCAUGGAGUGGAGGCCUUAGUGGAAUAGCCUCUCCUCUUCAUUCCUUUGUCAUAUGUUUCGUUCUGUGCUUCAGCAGUGAGCUCCUCUAAAACCAAUAUGAGGUGUUAUUGUCGUACGUAAGCGACAAGGCCUGAAUUUUUAUUACGUCGUCAAAGGCUCCUUCAGAAAAGACUUCGGCGCUGAUGCACCGUGUUUUACGAGGGAACUUGCUUGCCAGGUCUUCGUCACUUUAAAGAAUGCUGCCAUGAAUUCACCACACAGUUAGAAAUUAUUCUGGAGAUUUAUCACUUUAGCAAACUUUCCGACCUUUCGACCUUUUGAAAGUGGUCAGCCACUGAGGCACGCAAAUAGAUAGUUCUUUCGCACUAUAUGCACAAUUUAAUGUCAUGUCAAACAGCUGUCUCACUGAUUACACAAGAAGGAAUCGCAACUCGCUUCCUGUGCAUUCUAACCUGCAUCCAAUUCCGUCUUCAUGCUCAAUCGCACUUCAUAUCCUGCUCAUUUGGGAAGGAAGGCCUCGCAUAGCGGGAUUGUUCCAAAUAAUUCGCUCAAAGUGUAAGAGACAGCUAGAGAUAGGAAAUUAGAUAACAGAUAAAGAUUUAAAAGGUAAUAUUAAAAUUAGUUUCAUCAGAGCGGAAAGUGGCAUAUUCAAAUUGAGGAUUUAUAUUGCCUGCCGCGGUCUUAUCGACAUCACACGGUAUUUUAUCUGCUACCUCAUCAACGAUCAGAUCUGAUUCUGUCUCGCAACUUCACUUCGUCGGUUUUAAUACAUUGGGUCGGGGCUUUUUUUUUUUUUUUUUUUAUUGUCGUGGCUUCCACAGGUUUUUAGCGAAACGCCUCAUGACUGAACGGACUGUCGUGUCAUCCUGUCGAAUGUAGUGGAUUACUGUGGUGGACAUUACUGAGUUUCACGUAUAGAUUACAUAGGCUCCGUAACGUGCCGCCGUAUCUUCUACACCGGACGCUGCGAUAUAUCCGCUGUUCCACACGGAGGGGAACACAACAUUGCAGGAGACUUCGCGUGUCGUAAAUUCUCCCCGUUUCGCGACAUUUUAUUCACACACUGAGAAGAAUGCCACAACGUCUUCCGCUUUUAAUUCUCGUAUAUUAGUCAGCAUUUUCCUAACAAAAUACUAAUGAGCCAUCCUAUAGCGAGUCAUCAGUCAGUUUCAGAGUCUGAUUCAAUUACGUUCUCAAAUCACAUCACGAGAAAAACAGAGAAAAAAACCCGUUUAGGACUAAUGGGCCCAGUCAGCGAGAGCUUAGUGGAGCGAAUUUUUUAAAAAUCGAACAAGGCACUGCCGGAUGGUUAAUGGUAAUCCUUUCUCACGCAUUCAUUUAAAGACGUCUUGCGCAGCGAUUUGUCAAGCCUAAUGAGAAGAUUAGUGGCAUAUAAAUGGACGCUAUAUCCUAAAAUGUCUAGCGUGUCCAGGUAUGGCGUAGACAGAAGUUACCCGUAAACAUGUAGAAGUACCGGCACAGUGUAGAUUGGAGACACCCUAAUUGCCUAGAAUUCCUUGUACAGCGUAGAUGAAAGUGGCCCGUAAUGUCCAGAAGCCACUGUAGAGUGCAGAAGUUCCUGUACAUUUGAAAGCGGCCCUAAAUGUGUACGUGUCCCAUAUUCUAAGUGCAUGUGGUCCGAUAUGUCCAGAUGUCCGGGUAUGGUGUUUCAGCACGAAUGAAUUUGUCGUCUGCACUUGAGUUUAAGGUUCGGCAAAUCACGACCUGUUUCCUGUGUAGGGUAAUCAGACGCACCGUUUCGCAAGGAGCUUCAGAAAAAAAGUCACUGAACAGUAUUAAGAAAAAGUACCAGGAGCCUUAACUGAGCACUGAGGUUAGCUAACAAAUGAACAGGAAGCUGAAUUCUGGAAUCAGCUCGGAAUAGACUUCAUUGACUGAGCAUAUCACAACACACGUGAGAGUGCAUUAUUGCUUUUGCUGGACAUAAGUGGGCAUCGUUGAGUGAGCACAGAAGUGACAGUGCACCUCCUCUCAGCCCAUCAAGACGUGGACACGUGACGUAAAGAACACGAAGCGAGUGCGAUGUCUUCUGAGGCAUUCCUGCAUCCCUUACUUUGUGAUUGCGGGACGCAUAGGACGUGUAUUUUUUUGCCAGCCGAGGAGUUGACAUUUUUGACGCUAUUUCUUACGCAUUACCGCGGCGCAACAGUCACGCAAGAGUGCUUCUGAUUUGUUUUCAUGACAAGAACGAGUGCGUGCAUUUGUGGACUACAGUAAAGUGUUUCGCAGUAAACUAGUGCAACAACACAGGACGUACAGGAGCAAGCGCACGACUUCCUUGUGUAUAGCGUUCGCAAUUAUACCACUGAGGUCUUCAAGACAGUGUGUCAUCAAGGCGGUUUCGCUUCUGAGCCAUCAGGACAAGGAGCUCUUAGCACUUCUAGUGUGAAAGGUACUUAACGUCGCUCUUGACGUUCAGUACGCCAGUUCAGUGUGAACGAGUUAGGAAACCAGGACAAGCCAUCAGGCAAGACAGCCGUAUAGACAGUGGUGCACCACCGUCAAGAAUCUUGGACCUUGACUGCGGGGCUUCGUGACGGAAGAAGACCGACGUACCCAGACGCCACUGCGGCGUGACCAACGGUCCACCGACGGGGCCCAGGGUCCGGGGGCCUCAUGUGUGCCCGCCGGAGCCCUGAGGCCCGUCCAAGCCUCCCAGGUUCCAUGCCCAAGCAUGAACACCCCAUCAAACGGUUCCAGCGGGACUCCGGUAGAGGACCCCGGCGGACCGUCCUGGGCCGGUCGUUCGCCAACCUCCGGCCGUCCGAUCAAGGUGUGCGGCGUGUGCGGCGACAGGGCAAAGAGCUACCACUUCGGUGGCAUCUCGUGCGACUCCUGCAAGGCCUUCUUCCGUCGGUCAGUCCAAAACGGGGCACGAUUCCAGUGUCCCUACGAAGGCUGCUGCAGGAUCACGGUCGCUUCCCGCAAAUGCUGCCAAUCUUGUCGCUUCAAGAAAUGCCUCUCUAUUGGCAUGGAGCAGAGCUGGGUCAUGACGGAACAAGAACGGUUACAACUUCUUCGGCAGCGUCUGGAAAAACGACAACGUCGUCAUGCCACCCUGACCGGCGCACCCGCAGCUGAUCCAAGUUGUGUGUCCCAGUACCUUACCGAAGACGACAUAAAAUCCCUGGAAGACCUGGUGAACGCUAGAACAGAGAGUAUCUCAGAUCCAUCUUUCGACGAUAGGCUUCGCCUUCCUGGCGAGCGCUCACGAACGGAUGUCCUGAAUAUCUUCUUCACCGCUAUUCAACAGUUCAGUGGAUUCGCCCAGAGACUGGAAGCGUUCUGUAGACUCGCUCACGAUGACCAGGAGGUCCUUCUACGUUGCGGCGUCCUCGAGUUGUGUUUUCUACGUAGUGUGAUGACGUUUGAUCAUACAAGAGACGUCUGGACAGAUGUGGACGGUACACCGCUACUUGCCACCAGCGACGUUGAGCGACUAGUGUCUUCUGCUCUGUUUGAGAAACAAAAGAGGUUCAUAUCUGCAUUUAAGGAUCUAGAUCCAGAUGAUCCAACCAUGGCGCUUCUUCUGGCGGUAGUCCUGCUGUCUCCAGACAGGCCAGGCCUUCAGGACACGGCAAGCGUAUCCAAGGAGCAAGACUAUUACAGUGUUCUGCUUCGAAAAUAUCUCUCUUGGCGCAGGGGAACCGAGUCUUCUGGCGUUCACUACGCAAGGCUCUUGAUGACACUUCCGGACUUGCGUGAGCUAGCUGACGGUCACACAGAGUUUGAUCUUCAGCUUGCCCGAGAAGAAGCUCGUGAGGUUCAAGAGAGGUUGACAUACCUCCGGCUUGAGGGCGGAAUGAGGUCAAAACAGGCAGCAUCUGCGAGACCUGGAUUCAGACGCUGGGUCUUCUGGAAGGACGUAUUACGGGACUCGGAUUCUCCUUUUUCACAAAUUGAAGAAGAGUCUACGACGUCUAGCGAAGGUUCUGAAAGGUUCUCGGCACCUUCCUGACAGAAAGAAGCCUAGGAACGCGAUGGGACAGGAUUUGAUGUCUGUUGACUCUAGGACAAUGGCGAAACGAAUAUGUUGCACUAGUCGUGCUUGUUGUCUCAAGCCUGUGUGGUAGUGUAAAGAAGUCUGGUGUGUGUUAACGGUGCGUGUGUAUUACUCUUUUGUGUUUUGUGAGAUGUUGUGGAAAUAUUGAAUCGCCCUAUGCGUGGCACUGUACAGAGCGAGAUAGAGAAUCGUUAUAAGCGGGUUUCUCGACGUGUCCCUGUAGAGAAUCGAUAGGCUUGUGAGGUUUCAGUGGCUUCUCUGCUGCGUUAUGGUAAUGCAUAUAGAGAUAAUAGUGAGUUUUAGUGCAUCGUACGCUAUACGCCUUUGCGUACGUAAGAGAUAGCGUUGGUGGUUCUGCGCAUGCGCAAACAAUAAAGACAGCUUGCUUCGCGUACGCUCUUGCGUACGCUCUUGGUUGUACUUUUAACUCCUUUUGGUUGCCACGUAUAUCACUCCCUUUUGGAGGGUACAAUUACUCUCAAAAAAGGAGCCUGAUCCUCACUCCCUUUUGGGAGUGAGGUUACGCUUUAAGUCCCUACUGGAGAGUAAUAUUACUCUCCGGUAGGGAGUAAUGUUAAUCCCUUGUGGGAGUGAGGUUACGCUUUAAGUGCCUACUGGAGAGAAAUAUUACUCUCCGGUAGGGAGUAAUGUUAAUCCCUUGUGGGAGUGAGGUUACGCUUUAAGUCCCUACUGGAGAGAAAUAUUACUCUCCGGUAGGGAGUAAGGGAGUAAUAUUAAUCCCUUGUGGGAGCGAGGAGACUCCUUUUUGAGAGUAAUUGUACUCUCCAAAAGGGAGUGAUACACGUGUCAAGAAAAAGGAGUUAAAGUACACCCUUUUUUGUUAUGAGUGUAGAACCAACAAUACUAUCCCUAAUGCACGCAAAGGUGGUAGCGCACGAUGCAGUAAAACUCUUAAUACAAUGAAAGCUGGACCGUACGAUCCGAUUCGAUGACGAGGGUUCCCGCAUGAUACGAUCUGCUCUUGCCCAGUCAAUUGUGUUUUCGCUUAGGAAAAAGGGCUUCUUCUUUUCUGCAAGAAAGUCGUAUUGUCCGUGGCUUCGACGCAUAUACGUUCUGCAGAAUGGUUACGAUCCCGUUGUCCAAAAGCGUGGUAUACGGUAUUCGUAAUCACGUUCCGCAAUUUUUCUUACUAUAGGAAAAAUAGCCUGCUUCAGAUAUUCCAUGAUUCCGGUGUACAAAUGAUACUGAUCAUUGUCAUAGUGGUGGUGUGUACAGGUCUAGUUUUGCACAACUGCUUUUUAGAGCAAGCUGAGAGUCUGAGAUAUAGAGUAUAUUGAAAGGUCUCUAUGAGAUCUGCCGUUUCAAAGUGAUAUAAGAGCUAGUGAUAGCAGAACAGACUGUGUAUAUGAUACGAGGAGGACGAGAGAGUGCCCGCUACAAUACACUGAAAUAAUACUCCGACUUCCAUAUGUCUGAGAUUCAGUAUGCAACUGUGAUACGACAUCUAUUCGUCGAAUGAAGCCAUUGUGCACUUACAGUUUAUUAAUGCGCGCACUGUAAACUGGAAAACACCCUUAUGGGUGUAAAUGCCUUGUCUUAUAACUGACACCUCUUUUUACACCAUAUGGUCUGGAACACCCUUUUUAGAGGGUGUAUUCUGCGUAAAACACCCUUUGAAAGGGUGCUUUUCCUUGAAAAUGACUUCUUUUGCACCCUUUAUACACCCUUUUAGGAGGGUGUACAAGUGUUAAACACCCUCCUAAAAGGGUGUAUAAAGGGUGCAAAAGACGGCAUUUUCAAGGAAAGCACUCUUUCAA